AUGAACUCUCCCUCCCCGACCAAGUUUCUACGCGUACUCUUUCGUCCAGUUGGUGUCGAGAUCAGUGAUCUCGUCACGCUUAACUUCAAUACUGCCGCUGUGGGCUGUCAACUUCGACACGAGCGACCCGGCAAAUGGAUGCGAGUUUUCCCGGAAACCACUCCCGAUCUGUCUGGGCGCAUCGUUCUCAUUCGCCGGGGAACCUGCACAUUCACCCAGAAGUCGACGAACGCGGCGGCGAAGGGCGCCAAGUACAUCAUCUUCUACAGCGACAUCAUCGGUACCAUCCCAAUCACCGCCGUGGUUCCUGGUCUUGAAGGAAAGGCAACGGUGACUGCCAGCCAAGGCGCUGAAUGGAUCUCGAAACUGGAAGGAGGUACUAAUAUUCUCGUUCACAUGGUGAAGCCGAACGGCUUGCAUUCCAUCGUUGUGAACGAGAGGAACACCGUCACCCCGGGUUUCCUGAGUGUUGACAGCAGCUGGGGGCCGACAUACGAGCUAGAUAUCAAGCAGCAGUUUGCAGCCCCAGGAGGAAUGGUCCUGUCUACGUUCCCGAGAUCCAAAGGUUAUUAUGCUGUGCUGACGGGGACAUCCAUGGCAUGUCCGCUUGCGGCCGGGAUUUACGCCCUUCUCAUGGAGGCUCGCGGGACGAAAGACCCAGAGGAGUUGGAAACUAUCAUAUCCUCCACCUCGAAGCCGGUGAAGUUCCACGAUGGGCGCAACGAGUCACCAUUCCUUGCGCCAGUUCCUCAGCAGGGAUCGGGAAUGAUUCAGGCCUACGAUGCUGCCCGUGGUCAGACUGUUCUGAGCGUUUCGAGUCUGUAUUUCAAGGAUACGGAUAACUUUACCCCAAUGCGGAAUUUCACUAUCCGCAAUACUUCAGCACGACCUAGUCGGUACGAACUCGGGCACACAGGGGCGAAUACUGCUUACACCUUCGCUACACCAUCCGACAUUGUCCCUGAUGCUUUCCCCAACGAUCUGGUCCCUUCCUACGCCGAAACUUGUUUUAGCCCCAGCUCUUCCGUCACAAUCCCAGCUGGACAGGAAAUGGCGAUCACUGUUCACUUGGCAUCGCCAGCUGGCCUCGACGGAAGGCGGCUACCGGUAUACUCAGGAUAUGUCACAGUCAGCAGCGCUGGUGGAGAACCUCUUGGAAUUUGCGAAUACUCGAAAUUAUCCAUGAAACUGGCCAUGGGAUCGGCCCUUGUACGUAUGUAUGUCGUGGCGGACAACGUCGACGGGAAGGAUUGGGCCACGGUUGGAGAAACUUUUCAAAGCCCUCUCAAAUAUCAACCUAGGGGUACUUUGAGCACCACAUGGGAUGGCAGACUGGCUAACGGGACCUUGGCCGGGCCAGGCAGAUACAAGAUUGUUGUGAAAGCUCUGCACAUCUUUGGCAAUGCUGAGAUGGAUGCGGACUAUGACGUGGCCGAGACGGUGGCCUUUAGCGUUGUAUAUGCUCCCUAA